AUGUCUCUUAUAUCUACUCCCUUUUUUAUCUCUUUCUUUUUCUUUUCGUCCUGUCUAGGGGCUUGGAUGACGAUUAAGUUGAAACUGCUUUCUUGCUUUCUUUCCUUCGUCUCAGUUUGGAACUGCUUUAUCUCUUUCCUUCGUCUCGGUGUGGCAGCAUUCUCCUUUGAGAUCUUUUCUUCCUUUCUUUCCUUUUCCCAUAAGUAUCUCUUUUUGAGAUUUUUUCUUGCUUUCUUCUUUUCUUUUUCUAUAAGCUUCUGGUCUCGGGACUUGGCGGCAUUCCGCGUACGUCGUAGUUUAUUUCCCAGAAUCCAAACAUUUCUUUUGCGUUCAUCGUGCUUGCAUUUGGUCGUCCGUUCGAGGUUCGAAGAGGGACUUUUCCUUUUCUGCAUAACCAAUCAAAACUUUUGCGUUCAUAGCAAACGCAUCCAUCUAUUCCAUUCGAAGAUGAAUUUUCUUUCACGUAUUUUCACAAACACAUCCGUCCGGCCCGAAUGCCUGGACAAGACUAACUUUUUCGUUUCACUAUUCGUUUCUUAUUUUUUCUUGUGGUCAAUUUUCAAAUACGAACUUUUUCCCAUUGUGGGUGAAAUGAGGUCAAUGGCCCCCUCUCUCAUCUGCGAGGUCAGAGAAAGUUUAGUUUAA